CGUCCUCCGCAUUCCGUUGUAAUAUGUAAUCGAGUAGUUUUUACAAUGGGCAUUAUUAAAUACUGUAAAUUAUUAUUCUGUAAUGUAAAUAAGUAACAAAACCUUGAAAUGGCUGUUUGUAGCUUAAGGACUGUGUUGUUGAUCGUGUGCAUACUAGAAUUGAUUGUUACUGUUCAACGUCAAGUGUUUGAUUUCUUGGGUUAUAUGUGGUUGCCCAUAAUAGCAAACUUUGUUAAUAUUCUGCUCAUAAUAUUUGGAUCAUUUGGUGCAGUGCAAUAUAUAACAAGAUAUCUACUAGCUUAUGCAAUAUGGAGUUUCAUGUGGCUGACAUGGAAUGUGUUCCUUAUGUGUUACUACCUCAAUCUAGGAAGUCUAAACAGAGAAAGUGGUUUAUUAUCCCUUGGAACAGGCAGUGUUAGCUGGUGGGAGGGUAAUGGUUGGGGAUGUCAGCCAGUGUGGGGGGAAGUGGAAGGCCCUGGCACUUGGCGACCUGAGCAUGUUGAUGGGUGUUUUCUCCAAUGGCACCUUGUGGAACUCGCACAGUCUGCUGUUGCUGCACUUCUUACUAUUACAGCUUUGCCAAUAACUAUACUUCUCACAUAUAGGUCUUUCAAAAAACACAAAACAGUAUCAGAUAAAAGUACAUUACCCCGACGACCUGCAUAUACAAUAGAACUAAGCCCCACCGAAACAAAUAUAAGUGAAAGCUCUUCGAAACCAAUGACUCCAAGGCGUGUCAAGCGAAGAUCUGGCUCGAGAGGCACGGGUUCCUCGGUGCGAAGGUCACGACGGUCUUACCGGAAUGCGGGCUACUUGUCUUCCAAUGCGUCGCUGCCUCGUGAUGCUAGACCGUCCCGCCCCACGUCGGCGCAUUCGUCGUACUCGAACUUCCACGCGGCGCGGCCAGCGUCGUAUCACCCAACGGAAAAAAACACAUUGACACGCUCACAAGAUGUUUACGAUCCUCCCCCGCCCACAGAAUCAGUGCCAAUUAUGACCAAUAGAUUUAACUCGACGAGGAGAACUGCGGGCAACAUCGGCCACGACGUAGUCGGUCCAUACAACGAACCCAGAAGUUACGAACCACAACGAAACUAUGAAACGAAUGCACCUUCGUAUGAUAAUAUAGGUCGGGGUUACGAAGGCGCCGUCCCGACUUAUGAUUCUCGAAUGGAUACAGUAAGUCCUAUUUCGGAAUCUGCAUCUUACGGGGGCAAUGAUUACGGUGCGAUGGGGUACCCCGUGGAGGGGGGCUGGGAGGCUCCGCCCCCGCCAGCGCCGCCGUACAGCGCGCGCGCCACACCGCAGGCGCCCGGCCCACCCGCCUACCAACCGACCAACGACACCUACAAUCCAGUGCCUUAAAUCUUCACUAUCUGUGCCUUAUUCCAGUGAUGCUCAGUUUUUAUUACAAUUUCUAGUAAUUUAAGUGACUAAUUGUUAAUUAUUUAAUUUUAGAUUCAAUAAUUCAUACGUAUUUUCUCGAAUUUACAGGAAUUCUAUGUUGUCUCUUUCAACUUUAUUAUAGUUAAGACUAGUUGAUAAGUACUUACGAAUCUCUUGAGUCAUUGUUGAUGUAUGAAAUACAUUCCUUUUUUUUAUAUUGUUAAUUUAAGAGUUAGCUUUAACGAUGUUGUGUUGUGGCACAAGUUUGCAGUAUAAAUGCAAUUUUGUAUAAUGUAUUUUUUUAAAUAACUUUAAGAUAUAAAUUCUAAAUUUAAAUGAUACUUAAUUUUUGUAGGACAAUCAGCAAAUUAUUUUAUAUAAAGAAUUAACUUUUGUAGCACAAUUUUGUAAUAAGUUAUUAUUGUGUUCCAACAUUCCAUUUAAGAAAUCCACCGAAUUAACCAAUUGUCCGUCCACUAUGAUAAAAUUAUAUAAAUUUCCAUCUAAGAUAACUAAUUUUAGUUUCAUCGAAAUAUUUACAAAUUAGGAUUAAAAAUAAAUUAAGACAAAAUAAUUUUACAUUUCGUAUAGUAAAUUUAUUUUUAAGUAAAACUGCCCAACAUUUAUAUAAGUUGAUUUAAACUUUGAAACAUAGAAAUUUCACAAAGAUGUUUCAAUUCAAUUACUUAUAAAGUAAUUUUUAUGGGUCUGGA